CUGACGUUUCUUGACCCCCCCCCCGGCUACAUAGCCAGCCUCGCAGGUCAAACAAGGAAAGUAUAGCAGGCAUUUCCGCUUUCACUUUGUGUACCGACCUGCCACCGCCACCACCACCAUGAUGCAUGGACUUUUAUAGAGAGGUUUGUAGCUCUUAAAAAUAAGUCUUACGCUUCUAUUCCUGGCUCCAUUUGUACCUCCAUCUCAGAAGAAUGGGAUCCUCCUCCAGCCGAAAAUGCCCCAAACGGUGGACUAAGCAAGAAGACUCGAUUCUCCACGAGCAGGUUGUGAAACGCUAUGGAACCGGGGAAGUCAAGGACUGGAGUCGAAUUGCUAAUCAACUCCCCGGGCGCACCAAUAAAGACUGUCGGAAACGCUGGAUUAACCAAGUAUGCGGGGGACUUCGCAAGGGUGCUUGGACAGCUGACGAAGACGCGCGCUUGCGCGAUGCCAUGUUGACUCAUGGGCAAAAAUGGACUCUCAUCGCCAGUGAGGUGGGCUCACGAUCGGCAGACCGUAAUGUGCCCCGUCCCCGGGGAGUAGACUUUGAAAGCUUACGAAUCAUAGAAUGUGCCAAGCGCUGGCAGCACAAUCUUGACCCAGAGUUAGAGAGGGGAAAUUGGACAUCAGAAGAGGAUGAGAAGUUGUUGGUGUAUGUCAAUGAGUACGGGAGAGAAUGGAAGAGAAUACAGGCAGCCCAUUUUGCCAAAAGGUCGAGAAACGAUCUGAAAAACAGGUACACCAUUCUAAUGCGAAGGGUUGAAAACCCUAUAGUCCCUUCAUCGCACUCACAUUCAGGGGCCGCUAUCUCGCCGAAUUCCCAAGCGAGUUCAUCAGCCAUGACUAGCAACAACACCGACGAUGAAGACUCCGAAGCCUCAGAUAUAGACAUGGAGGACAUGGAGGAUAUCUUCGACGCCGAAGCAGCUCUCGAAGCCCCUAGAAGUAUGCAGCAACAAUGGAGCAAACAGCUAUCAGACCAACCCAUAGACCCGGCAUUGGAUCAAGUCUCCACAAAUUUCUACCUUGACGACUCAUUUCUAACAGACAUCUUGGCCACGUCAGGCCCAAACGACCCGUUUCAGGGGCCCAACAUGGCCUAUGAAGGCCAGCCGACGAUCUACAGCUCGGCAAGCGGACCUGAUGAACAGGAAUGGAUGAAACUAAUGGGUGAGAGUCGCUCACCAGAACUAAUCAACAGAGACGCGAGCGCGAGUCUGCCGAGCCGGCUCCCAUCUCUCGAAGAGAUCGACGCGCUCUCCGAACCGAGUAUCGACCUCUUCGCCGGAAGUAAUAUCACCCAGGGCGGUGGUAGCGGUGAGUUCGGACUUCGCACGUCAUCGUCGACGUCGGUGGCGGAACCUUCGUCGUCGCCGGUGGCCAGCGUCGUGAUACGCGCCGACAGGUGUGAUUGGAAUACGUUGAAGUACCUCAUGGUUGUCACCAAACCGCUUAAAGAUCAGGUGCAAAUCGAGAUCCAACAUAGGGAAUGAGGGUGUUAUGUAGCAAUCAGCAAUUAUUUAGAAAGAAAAGAAAAAAAUAAGAAUAAUUAACUUAAGGGUUGAAGCAAAUAUAAGUGAAAGGUAGCUUAAGGCAUCUCAACCUAAUAAGAUAAAUACAGUUUAUACGUUAUUAGGGAAUAUAAAGUGGUCGACUCGCCUGGGGCUGCUUC